GCCGAACAGAGUAAAUUUGUAUCGCUAUAUUCCCAGGUCAAAAAGGGCCCGCUCGGCAGUUCAACCCGUGUGCCGAUUGGGCGCACGCUCCUCAUCGUCCAGUCCACCUCGCCGCCGCCGCCGCCUCUUCCCCGCGAGGCGUCGCCGCUCCUUUCUAUCCCCGAAGGCGACGGCUCGGAUCCCUCUUUAAGGCGCAGCGGCCGCCCCACAUCGCGAGCUUGAGUACCCCACCCCCCCCCUCCUAAGGCCUGGCCUUGAAGGCCGCUCGCCUCUUGAUUCCGGCGGCGGCGGAGAGGGAGGGGCGAUGCCGAAGCGGACGACGCACACGUACUCGAGCGAGGACGCGCUGCCGGAGGGCCCCGAGUCUGACCUCUUCGUCUACUACUGCAAGCACUGCGCGUCCCACGUCCUAAUCACCGAUACCCAAUUGCAGAAAAUGCCCAAGCGAAAGACUGACAGAGCACAUGUUUUAGACAAGGCUAAGCAUCUGUCAAGGCUAAAUGUGAAGGAGUCGGGUAAAGUAAUGUUGAAGCGUGGUGAAGGAAAGCUUGAAAAGCAGUUCCGCAUGAGCUGUGUAGGAUGUGAUCUUUUUGUUUGUUACCGAUCAGAAGAGGAUCUGGAGCAUGCCCCUUUUAUAUAUGUUGUUGAUGGAGCACUGAGUUCAGUUGCAGCUGAGACAAAUCCACAUGAUGCUCCUGUACCCCCUUGCAUCACACAACUGGAAGGUGGACUUGUCCAAGUAGCCAUUGAAGUGGAAGACCGGGCACAGCGUUCAGCAAUAACAAGAGUGAAUGCUGAUGAUGUUCGAGUAACAGUAGCUGCCCCUGCUGCACGAGGGGAAGCUAACAGUGAGUUGCUAGAAUUUAUGGGCAAGGUUCUUGGCCUAAGAUUGACUCAGAUGACCCUUCAAAGAGGAUGGAAUAAUAAAUCGAAGCUUCUGAUUGUUGAGGAUUUGUCCGCACGGCAAGUGUACGAGAAGCUUCUUGAAGCUGUACAGCCUUAGAAAACGGACCGAUGUGUGGUGCAUUUGGAUACAUUCUCUUUUGAGGGCACAAGAGGAAGUUCCCACUCAUUGUGCGACGGAAGAGCAGAACGUGCUGAAACUAUGCUGAAAACUCUGGUGCAGUUUAACUAGACUAGAACAAUUAGCCAAGCUGUACUUCAAUAUCCCAUUCAUUGUCUCUGUUGUGACAAUCAGGAAACCUUCUCUAUUGGUUAUCUCCUUAAUGCUGAUGCAAAGUGUUGUGCAUCUUGUAAAGAUUGCUGCACAAUAUUGAGUGUUGACUCUGAGCUUGUGGAUGAAUAUAUUUCUCCUAAUUCGCUGCCU